AUGAAGGUCGAAACCUGCGUUUACUCUGGAUACAAAAUCCACCCAGGUCAUGGAAAGAGACUUGUUCGUACUGAUGGAAAGGUAUUCUUAAGACUCAAAUCUGUAUUUGCGAAAUUAUAAGAUUGAAGAUUAUUAAAGGUGCAAAUCUUCCUAAGUGCCAAAUGUCUGAAGGGAGCCAAGCUGCGUCGUAACCCGCGUGACAUCAGAUGGACUGUUCUCUACAGAAUUAAGAACAAGAAGGUUUGCUUUCCCCCGUAACUGUUGAUUCUAACGUUUUUUUUUAGGGAACUCAUGGACAAGAGCAAGUCCAGAGAAAGAAGACUAAGAAGGCCGUGCAGGUCGUCAACCGCGCCGUCGCCGGGCUAUCUCUUGAAGCUCUUCUUGCUAAGAGAAAUCAAACCGAAGACUUCCGUCGUCACCAACGCGAGCAAGCUGCUAAGGUUGCCAAGGACGCCAACAAAGCUGCCCGUGCCGCUAAGCAAGCCGCCAACAAAGUAAAUUUUUCAUUUAUAAAACAGUUUCCGAGUGUUUUUGAAGAAUUUUAUGCACACUGUUAGAGCUCGUGAGAAACGUUGUAAGCUUACGAGUGUCGAAGUUGUGCUAAAUAAAAAACACAUCGAAUCGCAACAUGUGUUAGCUUACUACUUUCAAGUUUCUUGUGGUAGAAGGUCGUUAAGCAUGUUUUGUUUGAAAUGUGACAAUUUACUCGGUCGACUGGUUUCUUCAGACGACAGGAAAAUUGUCGAAAACAGGGCUGUGGCCUAGUAUUAGGCCGUCUCUUCAGAAAAGGCCUCAGCAGACCAAACUAUUUUUAUGCCAUGAGGCCGAUGUGAACUCGACAUAUACAAAAAUUGGACAAUAACUCGCUUGAAUUUUUCAGGAGAAGAAGGCCUCGCAACCAAAGCAGCAACAGAAGACCGCCAAGAGCGUUAAGACUGCUGCUCCACGUGUCGGAGGAAAGCGAUAA